GAGAGAGAGAGAGAGAGAGACGGCAUGCCUCCGCGGAAGGCUGGCUGCUUUUCCCAACUUGAAUUAAUAACACAUCCGGGCGAGGGCGGGUUCUCUCGUGCUCUCCGAAGACUCUGCUAGGGUUUCUGUCCUCGCCUUGGGGGAGCUUCUGAGAAGGCCUGAGUGCCGCGGAUCAAGGCACGGGAUCUUCGGUGCUCAUGGAGUCGGCCUCGAGAUCCAGCGAGGACGAGGGCGACUUCGGGAGGAGACUCAGCUCCUCCUCGCACCAAGAGCUGAUGGUGAAGGUGGACGGGAAGAGCGGUGAGCAGAAGCUAGGCACCCCAACCACGCCAAGAUCGAAGCACUCUGCGAUGGAGCAGCGUCGGAGGUGCAAAAUCAAUGACAGAUUUCAGACACUUAGAGACCUCAUACCACAUAGUGAUCAAAAGAGAGAUAAAGCUACAUUUCUGUUGGAGGUUAUUGAGUAUGUUAAGUUUCUUCAAGAGAAGGUGCAAAAGUAUGAAUCCUACCCAGAAUGGAAUCAGGAUAAUGUAAAACUAACACCAUGGAGCAAUAACCGAGUACCUGCUGAUGGUAUAUCUGAUCUCUCUCAUGCCACAAGAGUUGGUCCGAUCCCAGGAUUCACUUUCUCAGGAAAACUUGUAGAUAAUAGCAUGUCACCUACUCCUGCAAUGCUUUCAAACUCUCAGAAUGUCAUGGAAUCAGACUUGACUGCUGAUAAUGUGGCAUCUCAGCCUCAGUCUCAAUCCCAAUGGCAAAGAUCUUCAUGUGCAGCUGACUGUACUAUUACCAGCGAUAUGGCGGCCGACCAGGAAGAGUUGAUGAUUGACGAGGGUACUAUUUCAGUAUCCAGUCUCUACUCUCAAAACUUAUUCGCAGCACUAACUCAUGCAAUGGAAAGUUCAGGUAUAGAUUUGUCACAAGCUACUGUCAGCGUCCAAGUCAAUCUAGGCAAACGAGCAAGUUGUGGAAGACCUACCAGCGGUACUACUUUGUCCAACACCAAGGACCAUAUUGAUGCCCCGCCUGCAAACCAGACAAUGGAGGACUUUCCGAUGGCAACCGGUGGUGAAGAACCUGAGGAACCUUCAAAGAGGCAUAAAGUAGAUAAUAGUUAAUUUUAUAGUUAAUUUUUUAUUUUUAUCCUUGCAUCACUUUUAUUUAUCUUGUAGCCAUUUCACUCGAAACAUGUGGUGAAUCUUGUGGUAGAGGAUCUUUCUAUGCCUUUGUCAUGCCUCUUUCCGCCUGAGGCUUCAAUGUACAUGUUGUCUGUCAUCCUCACAUCUUGGUUUAUCAGGAUAUUGUACAACAGCAGCUUGUGUUCUUGUAUGUUUACUUUUUUAGGAAACUCUUUAACCAA